UUGUGAUGCAUGGAUGUUUUUUUAAUUAUUUAAUAAUUAUUUUAAUAAUUUUCAAUUGUGUGUUCAUUGUUUAAUUAUGUUUAUAAUGGUUGUUUUAAUACAAACAAACCUUUAAUUAAAAAAUUCUGGAAAAAAUAAAAAUGAAAUAUGACAAAAAACCCCGAAUCAUAUUAUCUUAUCUUCACUUAGAUAUAGAGAGAUGAGAUAGAGAGAUUUUAUGUGAAUUUAGGUAAUAAAAAAAAUAGCUAUCUGUCAAAGUCCUUGUGUUAUGCACUGAAAGUUGUUUGAAGCAGCUGACUGUGAUCGGUCAUGUGACUAAAGAGGAAGCAGUCGAGAUGAGCGUUGUGUACGGAGGAGUGGAGGGUGGUGGGACACACUCUAAAGCAGUGCUGGUUUCUGCUGAGGGACAUAUCCUCGCUGAGACAGAUGGACCAUGUACAAACCACUGGUUGGUUGGUGUUGAUAAUUGUAUCAAUGGUAUCAACGACAUGGUCCAGAAGGCUAAAAUCAAGGCAGGGCUGGACCCGGACACACCACUUUGUUCAUUGGGCAUGUCUUUGAGUGGUGGAGAGCAGAAGACUGCUAUCCAGAAGCUGAUUGAUGACAUGAGGGAGAGAUACCCUAAACUGAGUCAAAGUUAUUUCAUUACCACCGAUGCCAUUGGUGCUAUGGCAACUGCCAGUGACUAUGGAGGAAUAGUAGUGAUAUCAGGCACUGGUUCAAACUGCAAGCUGGUGAAUCCAGAUGGCACACAGGUUGGCUGUGGGGGCUGGGGUCACAUGAUGGGAGACGAGGGCUCAGCAUACUGGAUUUCUCACAUGGCUGUUAAAACCGUCUUUGAUGCCAGAGAUAACCUCGUCAAAUCUCCUCAUGAUAUCACCUAUGUUAAGGAGGCCAUGGAAGAAUAUUUCCAGGUGUCGGAUUUGAUGGGAAUGCUUCCUCAUUUGUACAGAAACUUUCAGAAGUCACACUUCGCAGGAUUCUGUAGGAAACUAGCUGAAGGUGGCAGUGCUGGUGAUGCUUUGUGCCAACACGUGUUCACGGAGGCUGGAAAAGCCCUCGCGCAGCACAUUGUAGCUGUCCUGCCCAAAGUACACCAGGAUUUGUUUUCUGGUGAGCUUGGCUUGCCUGUUCUGUGUGUCGGUUCUGUGUGGCGCAGCUGGGAACUGAUGAAACCAGGUUUCACUCAGGUCCUCUCACAGGCUCAGGCUCAUGGUUUCAGUCACUUCUGUAAGUACAGCCUGCUUACUUUACGUCAGUCCUCUGCUCUAGGUGGCGCUAAAAUGGGGGCAGAGAAUGCAGGAGCCAGCCUCCCUAUGGACUACUCAGCCAACGCCAAUGUGUUUUUCAGCCACACCUUCAAUCAGUGAUCGGGAAGAAACAGACCUGAGAUGAGAGUUGCCGCUACAGUUUUAUGUUGAUCUGAAAUGAGAACUUCCUGUUUUUAAACUGACUGAGAAAUGUUUCCAGACUUUCCUCUUGGUGGUGCUGUUUCUUAAACACCCAUAUCUUAUCAAUCAACUUAUUAUAUGUAUCUAUGAUAUAAAUCUCCCCCAAAUUUUGAAGGCUUCCUAUUAAAUGCACAUACAUGUACCUUUUUUUUUUUUAAUUAAAAAAAGCAAUUUCUGAACAUUUUUGAUAUAAAUAUGGUAAAAUCUUGGUAAAUAUGGUGGAAUAAUUUUGUUAAUAAACAUUUACAAAAGCA